CAGACGCGCCUUCUCCCGCUGCCUCCAUGGCGAUCAGCUAAACAGGAGCUUUUACAUCGGGACAGCCGGUUAGCUCCUGUAAGCGGGCUAACAGGCGCACAUUGAAAUGGGAUGAUGUAGCGGAUCAAAUCCCUGGACGAACUGCGCACUCCUUUAGCAUGCUACGCUAACGUGGAGCCGUUCACAUUUGACCAGGAGUCACCAGCCCGUUCACCGGACCAAGCUAGCGGCUGUGAGCUAACGCUAGUCUCACCUGCUCUACUGCGAACUGGAACGGCUCUGGACCUACGGCAUGGAAAGUGAAAAAGAAAGAGAGACCGGUGAUAAUUUAACUCCAGCACCACACGCCUCACCCGACUCUAAAAGUGAGACAGUUCCGGGGAAGAUAAGUGUGUGUCCCCCGCUAUCCGCGGGGAGGAGAGGCUCCUCUGCGGAGGAUGAGGGCGGCGCAGAGGCGAAACUCUUCGGGAAAGGACUGGCGGCCACCUCCCUUCUUCAGAUCGCGAUAAGGAAUGGAAUCUACCAAAACCAAGUUGCCAACGCUCUGAGCGGUGCGGCCAAGAAUAUAAACAUGCCCACCGCUAAAACCGCCAACAUUUAUAAUCUAUCGUCUGCCAACAGCUCCACUUCUGUCAACUCUCUGCUGGGGAGACGACGGCAGCGGCACAAGAGGAAUUUAUCACUGGGAGCUUCGCCAAGCACAGGCUCGCCCGGAGUGUCCUCUACAGAGACAGCCAGCCCCGCUCCCACCGCCUCUCCUCUCAGCACCCUCAGCCUGGACAGAAAGACUUUUCUCCGCCAGAAACAGACCAAACAGCUUCAGGUCUCUGAUAAGACCUGGGUGAGGUCGGAUCUCCGGCGCGGCUGUCUACAUGUGCACGACUGGCUCACGCCCUCCUACCCGCGGCCAGUGCUGUGCACUGUAGACACCACUGCACAGGAGGUGGCUCUCAAAGUGUCAGGGAGCAAGUCUGGGGCCCUUUUGAGAAUAACGUGUAAGACUACUGCUGUGGCUGCUGCCAAUGAUAAAGAGCGGGACGGACAAGGAAGUGACAGUGGAAGUUUGACUGAGGCUUUGGAUAUCAGAAACCUCAAGGAUGACUAUAAUGACGACUUAGACUACAGUAAAGGCUCAAAACACUGUUAUCAUGAUGCAAAGCUGCCUCCCACCCUGCUGCUGGAGGACAAGAACGCCAGUAAUUCAUCCUCUGAGGUGUGUUUGAAUGAUAUAGGCAUGGAUCUAAGUCGGAGUGCAGCUGACUGUUACGGGGUGUAUUCAGGCUCUGACAUAGAGAGCAGCACGUGUGAGGACUUCAGUCCAGGGGGUCCCAGGAGCACAGAGCACAGAGACUCCCUGAGUGAGGGCAUUGUGGGGACAGACUCGUCAGUGCAGAGCCCAAACUGUGACAGUGCCCCAGAAGACCCAGACCCAUUUGAGAGCUCCUCAGAUGAAGUCGACCUGGCGUCUUCUCCAACACACUGUCCCAGCUCCUCUGCUGCUGACCAACUGCCCUCGUCCACAGACCCCUGCAGCACAUCCAAACCAGAGAAAAGCACAUUAGACAAUGACACUCCAGUGGGUGAUAACAUGGAGAGAUUAAUCACACCUCCAUCCAAGUGUCCCAGCAGCUCCCAAACCAGGCCGCUCACAAGCCAGGCAUCUGUCCAGGCUGACCCAGACAUCCCCAGGGGCACCAGGCUAUGGCCGGAACCCAUCAAUACCAGUCCCACCCCGGCACUGUUUCUCCAGCUGCACGGUGGAGCGGUGCGCAGACUGGAGGAUGAUGAAAAGCCUCUGCAGAUACUAAAUGAGUAUCUGACCAAUCUGGGCUUCGAGGAUCCGUGGAGGGUGCAGGACGAGGGCAUGAAUCCAGAGAUUGGCUGUCUCAUUCGCUUUUAUUUCGGUAAACCUCGCAGUGUGGGAGGCUCGGAGCGUGUGCAGCUCUCCGGAGUGUUCAACGUGAGGAAAGGGAAGCUAGCUCUGCCUGUGAACCGCUGGUCCAAGAGGCAGGUCACACUGAGUGGAACCUGCCUGAUCGUAUCGUCUGUGAAACACGCCCACACGGGCAAGAUGCACAUCCUCCCUCUCAUCGGUGGAAAGGUGGAGGAGAUAAAAAGACACAGUCACUGUCUUGCCUUCAGCUCCGCUGGUCCCCAGAAUCAGACUUACUACAUCAGCUAUGAGUCGUACACAGAGCACCUUCGCUGGCACCGCAUUGCGUCCAAGAUUGCAUCUCAGAGGGUAAACUCUGUGGACCUGUCCUGCUGCAGCCUGGAGGAGCUGCCCACUCAGCUCUUUUACAGCCAGGACCUAACGCACCUCAAUCUCAAAAACAACUUCCUGUCCCUGCAAAAAGGUGUUCCGGCACUCACCAGGUUCUGCAAGCUGAGAAGCCUGAGUCUGUCUAAUAACACGUUGACUGAAUUCCCACUGGCCUUGUGUGAUAUCACUUCUCUCACUGAGCUCAACUUGUCUGGAAACCAACUCUCGAGCCUUCCUCCUGAACUGGGGAGCAUGCACAAUCUGCAGACUCUCCUUCUGGAUGGGAACUGUCUGAGUACUCUGCCCAUUGAACUGGGCUCUCUGGAUAGCCUCACGUACCUGGGUUUAUCCUUCAACGGCUUCAGCUCUGUGCCUCCGGUCCUGGAAAAGCUGCGUGGCUUGGAGAGACUGUGUUUGGCAGGGAACCAGCUCUCUGUCCUGGACACGGCAGGCCUGCAGUGGCUGCCUGCUCGGCACAUAGACGUCAGGCUGAACCGCCUCCACACAGUCACAGUGGGAGACACAGAGCAACUGGUUCACAUUGUCCAUCUUGACCUGAGAGACACAGGCCUGCGGGACCUGGAUGUUAGAUGUUUGUCCAGGCUUGAAGUCCUGCGCUGUGACAGAAACUGCUUGUCUCUGCUCCGAGUCAGUGGCCAGGCCUUAAAGAACCUACAUGCUGCUCAUAAUGAUCUAAAGCAGCUGGACGUGGCACCUGUCCCAGAGAACCUGACUGUUGUAGAUUUGUCCUGGAACAUGCUGUGCUCUGUGCCUGACUGGGUUUGUGAAAGCGGGAGACUCGAGGUUUUGGACCUUAACCAUAAUUGUCUUACUGAACUCCCAAUACAACUGCUGUCCUCAGGGAGUUUGAGAAAACUGCUCUCUGGCUGGAACAAUGUGGGCCGCCUGGCUGAGAGGCUGGAGAGAUCACAGCUGGAGGUGCUGGAUCUGCAGCACAAUCAUCUGACUGAACUCCCGAGUAACUUAUUCACCAAAGCACAGAGUUUGCGAUACCUCAAUGUUUCGGCCAAUAAGCUGGAGAGCCUUCCUCCUGCCAGUCUGUCAGAGGAUGGGUUCAGUCUGCUGGAGGAGCUUUAUGUCACCAACAACUGUCUGACAGAUAAGUGCGUACCUCUUCUGACUGGACACAGCCAUCUGAGAGUGCUUCACCUCGCUUACAACCAGCUACAGACCUUCACAGCCAGUAAACUGGCCCGACUGGAGCAGCUAGAGGAACUAGACCUGAGCGGGAACAGGCUGAGGAGCGUGCCCACCACCAUCCUGAGCUGUCAGCGCCUGCACACGCUCUCCGCCCACUCCAACGGCAUCAACGCCUUCCCUGAGGUCCUCCAGCUGCCCGAGAUUAAGUGUGUGGACUUGAGCUGUAAUGAGCUCACAGAGGUGUCACUCCCUGAGACUCUUCCUGCAAAACUCCAGGAACUGGAUCUAACAGGAAACCCUCGCCUCAACCUGGACCACAAAAGCCUCGAGCUGCUUAAUAACAUCCGCUGCUUCAGAGUUGAUCCUUCUCCCUCAGCGCCUUGUGCCAGUGAGAGCCAUGGGGCGCCUUCAGUCUGGAGCCAUAGUUACACAGAGGCCUCUGGAGUCAAAAACAAACUGUGUGUGGCAGCUCUGGCUCUGGACAGCUUCUGUGGGAUUCGAGAGGCGCUGUAUGGAGUGUUUGAUGGAGACAAAAACGUGGACAUUCCUUAUUUACUACAGUGCACAAUGGGAGACGUCUUGGCAGAAGAACUUCACAGGGCACAAAGGCAAGAAGACUACAUGACCAGCACUUUCCUGACAAUGCAAAGAAAGCUGGGCACAGCAGGACAGAGGAUGGGCGGCUCAGCAGCUUUGUGUCACAUUAGACACGACCCCGUGGCACCUGGGGAGCACAGUGGCUGUUUCACUCUUAAGACUGCCAACGUGGGCCGCUGCCAGGCCGUACUGUGCCGAGAUGGCAAAGCUAUGCAACUUUCCACUGUGCACACUGUGAAGGAGGAAGUGGAGUACCAGAGGGUACGGCAGCAUAAUGCCAUCAUUACAGAGGAUAACAAAGUCAGUGGUGUGACCGACUGCACUAGGAUUAUGGGCUACUCCUUCCUUUGCCCAUCUAUCACCCCUCGUCCACAUGUGUCCACCGUGACGCUCACCCCACAAGACGAGUUUUUCCUCUUGGGAAGCAGGGGUUUGUGGGAAAUGUUGUCCCCUACUGAAGCCGUAGAAGCUGUCAGGAACGUUCCUGAUGCUCUAGCUGCAGCAAAGAAGCUGGUUACUCUGGCUCAGAGCUACGGCUGUGCAGACAGUUUAAGUGCUGUAGUCGUACGACUGAGUGUGACAGAAGACUGUUGCUGCUUCUGUGAGCCACCCCCACCUCCUCCAAGUCCUGGGCCUGGAGUACACACCAGCACACACCCCUAUCAGACCAGUGAUGGAGGCAUUCCUUUACCCCCUCCCUCAUCAGGGACAGUGAGUGAGCUGAGCAGUGAGCUGAGCAUGUCAGAGAUGAGCAGUGAGGUGGGCUCCACUGCCUCUUCAGAGGACCCCCCUCCACAGGCCGAACCCACAGCAGCACACCUAAACCUGCCUGGGCGACCAGGGGCGCGGAGGCCGGCUGCUGGAGGCAGCUUCCAGAGGCAGUUCUCCGGAGCUCUGUCUGACAAUGGGCUGGACAGUGAGGAUGAAGAGCCCAUUGCGGGGGUUUUCUCUAAUGGAAGUCGUGUGGAAGUUGAAGCUGAUGUCCACUGUUUGAAUGGUCGGGAACGUCCCUCUCCGCAAACUAACUUCCAAACACAGCAGACUACCACCCCUCCUUCCAGCACAGUGUAUCAGGAGCCUGCACAGGCCUCCCCCUCCCCCGUACCCCCAUCCUCUCCCUGCCUAAGCACGGAGGCCCGCUCUGGGACUCUGGGGCGCAGGGCCCGGGCCAAUGGCUCUGUGGCCUGUCAGGCCCGGAGCCAGGAUGUGAUAGAGGAGGCAGGAGAUGCACCUGUCAGGAAACAGGGAGGCUACUUUAAUGCACCUGCCCAGCCAGACCCUGACGACCAGCUCAUUAUCCCCCCAGAGCUGGAGGAGGAGGUGCGCCAGAUCAUCCAACAGCAACAACAGCAACAGCAGCAAGAGCAAAUGCACAACCAGCAAAAUCACCCCUACCAGAAGCCUGCAGACUACUUUGUGACCCCGCUCUAACUGCAGUUUAGAAAAGCCCUUUCUAAAAGCAUCUGUCUCUUGUGCAGCAUUUAAGCCUUUGCUUCCUCUGAACACGCUUUACUAAGUUACUUUUGUUCAUUUUUAUUUUUCUACUGUUAACUGUAUGCCCCUAAAUGCAAUGCAAUUUUAUAACAAUUUGUGUUAAAUGUCAAGUGAUAUUUUAAUUUUGACCAUAUCAUUCAUCAGAAAGCACUUUGAGUGACCUUCAUUCAACAAUUGUGAUUCUAUGUCAAAUGGUACUUUUAUGAAUGGACCAUUCCAUUAUGUUUAGUUGACAUUUCUGUUAUGGGUUAUGACGUUGGCCUUACUGUUGCCAGAGUUGGUGAACUCUAGAACUAACUCAUAGUUUAAUACUUUUAAGUGACAUAGUCACUGGAGUGUACUAAUAUUCUCUAAGAGAAAAGACGAUUAUUUCAUAGAACUGAAUUUCCAGAUUUGUGUUUUUGGGGCUGGAGUGGAGAGUGGUGCUGCAGUGCAAGUUAAAGCUGAAUGGGAGAAACCCAGUGAUUACCAGCUCAAUGAAUGUUCUCAGAACAGUGUUACAGUCGACAGACAACGGCAAAAUCGCACAAGAGAGCUACUUUUGCUAUAAAAUAAAUUAAGAUUUCUGAUA